AAUUAUCUUUUGUGAGAAACACAAAGAAAACCAGAUAGCACGCGCAUGAAGUGAAGCAAGAGCUUGGCUUGGCGGCAGAGCUAAAAACACCUUCUUGUUCUUUUUCUGAUAAUAAGGAGUUUCAGUUUCUAAUGGCAAUCUCCACCUCCUUCUUUCCCGUUCUUUCUCCCAUUACCAUCUCUUCCUCAUCUUUGUCUUCAUCAUCUUGGUCAUCUACUAUCUCAUCUCUGAGCCCUUUCAAGCCCCAUUACCAUGGUUGGGUAGCGGGUAAUCCGACCUCAAACGGACGGUUGGUGAUUCAGUGUUCUUCCUCUGGAAUGGCUCCUACCCCUGACCCCGUUAACGUGAGGCAGCAUCAGAUGUCAUCUAUGGCAUCCUUUGGAGUGACAAUGAAUGAAGUUGGCAUGUCCAAACCAUCAUAUAAAUGGCAAAGGGUGUUGCUUAAAGUAAGUGGUGAAGCGCUUGCAGGAGAUCGCAUGCAAAAUAUAGACCCAAAGAUUACAAUGUCCAUUGCAAGGGAGGUUGCAGCUGUGACACGUCUUGGCAUUGAGGUUGCAAUAGUUGUUGGUGGGGGGAAUAUCUUCCGUGGAUCCUCCUGGGCAGGAAGUAGUGGCCUUGACCGCUCGUCUGCUGAUUACAUCGGGAUGUUGGCGACUGUCAUGAAUGCUAUAUUUCUUCAAGCAACAAUGGAGAGUAUCGGCAUCCCUACUCGGGUACAGACUGCAUUUCGCAUGUCUGAGGUUGCAGAGCCAUAUAUACGCCGGAGGGCUAUUAGGCAUUUAGAAAAAGGCAGGGUUGUGAUUUUUGCAGCUGGAACUGGAAAUCCAUUCUUCACCACAGACACCGCUGCGGCCCUUCGCUGUGCGGAAAUCAAUGCAGAGGUUGUGCUGAAAGCUACCAAUGUUGAUGGGGUCUACGAUGAGGACCCAAGGCGUAACCCGAAUGCUCGUCUUCUUGAUACUCUAACUUACGCUGACGUGACUUCGAAAGAUCUUUCAGUGAUGGACAUGACGGCCAUCACUUUGUGCGAAGAAAAUAACAUUCCAGUCGUUGUCUUCAAUCUAAGCCAACCGGGUAACAUCUCCAGAGCCAUAAAGGGAGAGAGCAUUGGCACAUUGAUCGGAGGGACACGGAAUUCAACGGUGCCAAGGACAUGAAAUCCCACUCCUAUGGGUUCUAAUUUAAGUUUUGAGUUCUGGUAUCACUAAACCUGAAGUUUUAGUUGCACCUCCAAAAGCAAUUAUGAACUCAGUUUUUUUGUUUUUUUUGUUUUUAGCAUCUAAUUGAACUGAUAGAAAUCUUGCAAAAGAUUAUUUGUAAAUAACUUUUCAAAACAUUGGACUUCUGCAGAAUUUCCAUUGACUUUUCAGUUCUUUUCAAGAUUUUGUAGCAAUUAUAGUUGGACAAUCCAGCAUAAUUUACUAUGAUAUGUUCAGAUCAGAGUUAUUGGCUUUCUGUCAACACCCACCCGCAUGUAUACUGGACAUUGCUUGUAAGGUCUUGGUAGUUAUGGAUUCCGAUUUCCAGUAAUUUCCGAACAAAAUGUGAAAGACUCCUUAUAGAGUUUACUUGCCCAAGCAAGUAGAUUUCAUAAGAAUUCUUUCAUAUUUUCUGUCUGAAUUACUAGCAAUCGAGACAGAAAAUUGUUGGAGAUCUCUAUCCAAUACUUAUUGUCAUCCAAAAUGUAAUUUUUGGUGACCUUAGGUUUAUUGUUAACCAAACAGAUUCUUCCCAUUCUCUGGUGGCAGAUUUUAGGUUUGAUUUUAUUGGCCGGAUUUAACUUUUGUCAGAGUUGUUUGCUGAAUUUUGGCAUGAAAAA